UAUAUGAGAACCUGAAACACAGUUUGUCACAUACUGGGUGUCAUGAUGCGGUGUCUCAUCCUUCUGGUCUUUUGCCCAAUUCAGAUUUUGGCAAUUGAUUUUACUACGUCGGGGCAUCGAAAAUAUGAUGUCGAGGGUCACAAUGUACCAGACCGUACCGCCACCGAAUAUUCGUGGAUUCAACAUGCAAUCAUUGGUCGAAACAGGACUUCGAACUUGAAUAGAGUUCGGCGCUUUGACAUUUCCGCUCGCAUCUACGGCGCAGUAUAUGCAAGUUUGGGCCAGUUUCCUUUCUUUGCAUUAGCUACUAUAGCUAGGACUACUAUGUGCGGUGGGUCCCUCGUCACUCCGGAAUGGGUUCUGACCACAGCUUCUUGUACAAGCACUAGUCCAACUGGAAAUACUGUAGUUUUGGGAAAUAUAGAGAGCACUCUUGGUUUAUAUUCUGAUGGAUCUGUCACUCGAACGGCGAUAGAUGCCAUCAGACAUGAAUCUUACGAUCCGUUGAAUUUUCGAAAUGAUAUUGGAAUGAUCAAGAUCGCUGCAGUUUCCCUAGGAGCAAACAUUGCAUUAGUAGAUCUAGCGCCUGCGACCGACGCUUCACUUAAUUUUGCAAACGUGCUAGGAACGAUAAUGGGCUUUGGAGCUGUUAAUCCAGCGACUUUUCCAUCACCAAGCCCACUUCUUCAAUUUGGGCAGCUCACUAUCAACAACGGGGCCAGUUGCACAUCAGAUUUUGGAGCUGAGAAUUUCACCAAUCUAAAUUUGUGCGCGAAACAUGUUGGUGGCACAAUUGGUCCUUGUGGGCCACAAGAUAAAGGAAAUCCGUUGGUGUACGCAAGCAGUGCAAAUGGUGUGACGCAAAUUGGAAUCACCUCCAUAUAUGAUACGUCAUCAGCUACUUCCUGUUUGUUAAAAUCCACAAUCUUUACACGUGUUGCUGCUUACAAAGCGUGGAUUACACAAAUCAUUGCGCCUACGACUGCCGCACCAACAACGACUCAGCCCACAACGACUGGGCCCACGACGAGUGGGCCCGCAGCAACUGGGUCCACUUCAGCUUCAACUACAACUGCAGUGGGUUCAACUACGGCUGGACUUACAACAGCUGGUUCGGCAACACCUGAACCCACUAUAGCUGCCGUCACGACUGGGCCUACUGUAGCGGCAACCACAGCUGGUUCUACCACAGUUAGUGCUACUUCUGGAACUUCUACUGCAGCGGGUUCAACUACGGCUGGACUUACAACGGCUGGUUCGGCAACACCUGAACCCACUAUAGCUGCCGUCACGACUGGGCCUACUGUAGCGGCAACCACAGCUGGUUCUACCACAGUUAGUGCUACUUCUGGAACUUCUACUGCAGCGGGUUCAACUACGGCUGGACUUACAACGGCUGGUUCGGCAACACCUGAACCCACUGUAGCUGCCGUCACGACUGGGCCUACUGUAGCGGCAACCACAGCUGGUUCUACCACAGUUAGUGCUACUUCUGUAACUUCUACUGCAGCGGGUUCAACUACGGCUGGACUUACAACGGCUGGUUCGGCAACACCUGAACCCACUAUAGCUGCCGUCACGACUGGGCCUACUGUAGCGGCAACCACAGCUGGUUCUACCACAGUUAGUGCUACUUCUGGAACUUCUACUGCAGCGGGUUCAACUACGGCUGGACUUACAACGGCUGGUUCGGCAACACCUGAACCCACUGUAGCUGCCGUCACGACUGGGCCUACUGUAGCGGCAACCACAGCUGGUUCUACCACAGUUAGUGCUACUUCUGUAACUUCUACUGCAGCGGGUUCAACUACGGCUGGACUUACAACGGCUGGUUCGGCAACACCUGAACCCACUAUAGCUGCCGUCACGACUGGGCCUACUGUAGCGGCAACCACAGCUGGUUCUACCACAGUUAGUGCUACUUCUGGAACUUCUACUGCAGCGGGUUCAACUACGGCUGGACUUACAACGGCUGGUUCGGCAACACCUGAACCCACUGUAGCUGCCGUCACGACUGGGCCUACUGUAGCGGCAACCACAGCUGGUUCUACCACAGUUAGUGCUACUUCUGGAACUUCUACUGCAGCGGGUUCAACUACGGCUGGACUUACAACGGCUGGUUCGGCAACACCUGAACCCACUGUAGCUGCCGUCACGACUGGGCCUACUGUAGCGGCAACCACAGCUGGUUCUACCACAGUUAGUGCUACUUCUGGAACUUCUACUGCAGCGGGUUCAACUACGGCUGGACUUACAACGGCUGGUUCGGCAACACCUGAACCCACUAUAGCUGCCGUCACGACUGGGCCUACUGUAGCGGCAACCACAGCUGGUUCUACCACAGUUAGUGCUACUUCUGGAACUUCUACUGCAGCGGGUUCAACUACGGCUGGACUUACAACGGCUGGUUCGGCAACACCUGAACCCACUAUAGCUGCCGUCACGACUGGGCCUACUGUAGCGGCAACCACAGCUGGUUCUACCACAGUUAGUGCUACUUCUGGAACUUCCACUGCAGCGGGUUCAACUACGGCUGGACUUACAACGGCUGGUUCGGCAACACCUGAACCCACUAUAGCUGCCGUCACGACUGGGCCUACUGUAGCGGCAACCACAGCUGGUUCUACCACAGUUAGUGCUACUUCUGGAACUUCUACUGCAGCGGGUUCAACUACGACUGGACUUACAACGGCUGGUUCGGCAACACCUGAACCCACUAUAGCUGCCGUCACGACUGGGCCUACUGUAGCGGCAACCACAGCUGGUUCUACCACAGUUAGUGCUACUUCUGGAAUUUCUACUGCAGCGGGUUCAACUACGACUGGACUUACAACGGCUGGUUCGGCAACACCUGAACCCACUAUAGCUGCCGUCACGACUGGGCCUACUGUAGCGGCAACCACAGCUGGUUCUACCACAGUUAGUGCUACUUCUGGAAUUUCUACUGCAGCGGGUUCAACUACGACUGGACUUACAACGGCUGGUUCGGCAACACCUGAACCCACUGUAGCUGCUGUCACCACCACGGCCGGGCCUACUUUACCUUCAACCACAGCAGGUUCAACCACAGUUGUCCUUACUACAGCUGGUUCUACAGCUGCACCCACGUCUGCUACUGGUUCAACUAUACCUACGCCUUCUGCCACUGCAGAUUCAACCACGCCUGGGCCUACUACGGCUGCAGGCUCAACUACGCCUGCAUCUACUACAGCCUCUGGUUCAACAACUCACGGGGCUACUACGGCUGUUCCUACAAUUACUGCUGGUUCUGGUUCUACUACUUCUGUGCCUUCAACGGCAGCAGGUUCAACAACUACCGGGGCAAAUACGGCUGCAGGCUCAACUACGACUGUGCUUACUACGGCUGCAGGCUCAACAACUCCUGAUCUUCCUACUGCUGCUGGUUCAACCUUUCCUGCUACUGCUGCUGGCUCAUCAACGCCUGCUGUUUUAACAACUGUUGCACCUACUACAGCUGCGGGCUUGACUACGCCUGCGACUUCCACCACAUCAGGCUCAACUACGUCUGUGACGACGAUUGGGAUAACCAAUCCUGGUGGUUCAACACCUACUGUGUCCACUGGUUUAUCUACGACGGGGCCUACAACUACUGCAGGUUCAACCACACCUGGGGCUUCCACUUCUGCUGGGUUAACAACGCCUGGGUCUUCUACUCCUGCUGUUUCAACAACGCCUGGGUCUACUAUUGUUGCUGGUUCAACGACGACUGGGCUAACCACUCCUGCUCUUUCAACAACUUCUGUGUCUACUGGUUUAACUACGAUUGGGCCUACUACUGCUGCUGUUUCAACAACGGCUGUGUCUACCACUGUAGCAGGUUCCUCAACGCCUGUGCUUACUACUGCAGCAGGUUCCCCAACUACUGGACCUUCUACCACUCCUGGUGGUUCUACAACGACCACUCUAGGUUCAACAACAACCAGGCCUACCACCACUGCAGGCUCCACAACUACAGAGCCUCUCCUCACUGCCGGUUCAACAACUGUAGAACUAUCUACCUCAACGACAACGUCCGGACUUACAACAAUUGCAAGCAUUUCAACUUCAGAGCAAACUACAGUAGCCCUGACAACAUCAGUGCCUACGAAGGCUACUUCUUCAACGGUAUCUCCAAAUCAACUAAAAAACUGUCCUAUGAAGAGUUAUGCGAAAAUAACUAAGUGCUGUGUGAAUCCACCAAGUCCUCUGGUAUUUUUCAAUCGUUUCGAGAAGGCUUGCAAGAUUACCAAAGGAUCUCUCAAUGCGUUUAAUGUUUUCUCGUUGAACAAGCAGCAGAAGUUUGCCAAUUCACCGGCCAACUCAAUCAUGUUCCAAAGUAAAAAAGUCAAAAUGGCCUUAGGCAAGGAUGCUUGCUUCGUCAACUGCUACCUAAUGGAUAAAGGAGCCAUGUUACCAAACUAUGUAAUAAACCAGGCUGCUCUGACCGAUUUUCUCACCAGCACGCAAACUGAUGAAACAUGGAGAUCAACUAUCUCAGCUGCGAUAGCUGAAUGUGUUUCCAUAGUAGAGGGUCUGGCCAUUCCGGAUUUUAUUUCACAAGGAUCAACAUGCCCUGGCAAGGCUUUUGUCGUUGUGCAGUGCGUUCUCUUAAAAACAAUUAGUAGCUGUCCUAAUAAGGUGGUAAGCAAAUCGUGCGCAAACACGUACAAUCUAUUCAAUAGGUGCUCUGGAAACGUUUUUGCCCCUCAGACUACAAAAAAGAAAGUCAAGGACGAAAAUAAGAAGAAAAAUAUGAAAAUAAGAAAGGUCAAGGAGAGCAUGUUAAUGAAAGUCGAUAAAGAAAAAAUACGCAAGAAGAACAAUAAUGGAAAGAAGAAAAAGAGAAGGAAAGAGAAGGAACAAGUCAAAAAGGGAAAAGGCAAUAAGAAAUCGUCGACAAAGCAAGAAAAAUUAACGAGAAAGGAUGAAAAGGAAAAAAAAUUCAAGCGAAAAAAUACAACAAAAACAUUGAAAAUAAAGUGAAGAAUCUCAUGAACAUUAAAAUAACGAAUAUGUAUAUUUUUGAAAAAGAAUUGCGGAGAAUCUAGAUGUGGCAUAAAAGCAAACAGGAUAAUUUAUGACGAAUCAGUAAAAAUGAAGAAGUCGCCCAGAUUUGAAGACCGAUUUAUUCAAUUUUAUGUAAACUAAUAAAAGGAAUGCUUAAAAAAUUAUGCACUACAGUAUUUUUUGUAAAAAAAAUUCACAA